AGAGUGUUAGGAACUGCACACUGAAAGUGAGAUUGUGCUGCUGACUGUACUGCGUCAAUACCCACUUGGCUGGCGUGACGUUCCUGUUUAUAACCACGCCAUUUUAACAACACGUCAUUGCACGCACUGCGUCGAGUGACUGCCUCUUUGUUCCUGCAGAAAGUGCAAAUACACGGGCUGUGUGUAACUUUGAGGUUCAAUUAAAACUGUAAAGACUAACAACGAGCAUGGGGGUGAAAGUGCAUGUGGAGUACUGCGGCUCCUGAGGGUACGAGCCCCGCUAUCAGGAGCUGGCCAGGGUGGUGAUGGCUGAGUUUUCUGAUGCGGACGUCUCUGGCACAGUCGGGAGAUCAGGCAGCUUCGAAAUAGAAAUUAACGGGCAGCUUGUGUUCUCUAAGCUGGAGACCAGCGGAUUCCCUUACGAGGACGAUAUCAUGGGAGCCAUUCAGAGAGCCCACGACGGGGAACAGGUUGAGAAAAUCACCAACAGCCGUCCUCCUUGUGUCAUUCUGUAACUGGACAGACUCCCCAGGGUUGCAUGUCAACACAGCAGCAUCCAGACUCACUGCAGGGCAAGCCACAGGUUCAAUGGAUUCAUCAUCAUCAUCAUCAUGAGGGAUUACCUGGGGGCUGCAGGCAGGGACAUUUCAGUGCACUCUAUGCCUGUUUGUGCAUCAAUUCUCUAUUUGCCAUCUUUGCUGCUCCCGGGCAAUCCGACAAGAUGAACCAAUUAGAAACGAGAGCCGGCUUGCCGCUCUGUUCUCCUGUAGGGAGACACAGUGAUGGACGGCUUUGCCCUCGAGCUGUGUAUGCAAGCAGGGAUGCCAACUUCUGAAGCUCAACCAGACCUGGGGUAAAUAUAGUUGUAGAUAUGGUUUGUGAAAAGUAACUGUUUGAAAAUAAUUAAAUACAAACUGUAAUUAAAUACAGAUUGCAUUAAGUAACUUCUGAAAAUAUUUAAAUGUGUAAAGUAGUUGAAACCCUUUCAACUCUUCAUAAAUCUCUAACUGUGACAAACAGCUGCCUAAUUAUUAUCCUGCACUCUAAGCAGGUUGGGCCUUGUCCUUGCUAACCACUCAGUUAUCUUUUGGAAGCUGCUCUAUUUCAAUUAGAUUUAAUUUGAUCAAUUAACUGAAAUAUUUGAAUAUUUUAUUGCAGUGGGUAAAUAUUUGAACACAAUGAAAUAUCUUUAACGUCUGGUUCUGAAGUUAUUGAAUUGAACAUGUUUAGCAUUUUCCUCGUUACAAAUCCCUCCACAUUUGUGGUAGUUGCAAGACUUGGUACAUGAUUAUAUAUUUAGGGUAAUAAUUAGGUUUUAGUUUUUGAUUAUUCACAUACUGUUUGGGAAUAGUUGAAUAUAUAU